UUUGUAACGCAUACACUAGCUACUAAUAUUUCACAGUUACCACCUGUAUUUGACUCACUAGUGUCAUCUCAGCUUAACGUCGGAUCACGCAAACUAGAGAGAUUUUUCGUUUACAGAAGGAUCUACCAACACAGGCGACCUAAUAUUAUAAGUUAGACUCAUCGAAAAUAAAUAUGAAAUAAGGAGGAACAUCCGGGAUGUCAUUUUUUCUUAAUGAAAAAAAAUAUAUAAAGCGCAACGGGUUUAUCUCCACAAGUCUAGUCGCGCGCGCGAGCCUCGGGUGUAACAAGAGAGAGGCGCGCGCUAGAAAAUAUGGAAUUGAAUUCAGUGAUUUUGACUUCUGGAGCCUCUGUGGGGUUUUUCAAAUGUGUAAACUAUGGAAUCAACAAACUUCCUAUUCCAGAGACAGCUCAGAGGAACGCUUGGAAAUGGAGAAACAUCUCAACGUCUUUCGUGCACAGCCUGAUAACUGGAGUGUGGUCAGUGCUUUGUUUUUGCAUACAUCCCCAGAUGGCUGAGGAUUUGAUAGAGACAUACUCCGUUUUCUCACACGCCUUGGUAUCUGUAUCAAUCGGUUACUUCGUAUAUGACUUCUUUGAUAUGAUACUCAAUCAGAAGGUUGGUCAAUCAUGGGAGCUCCUUUUCCAUCAUAUAGUGGUGAUCACUUGUUUUGGGAUCUCUGUGCUGAGCUGUCGCUAUGUGGGCUUUGCAGUAGUGGCACUACUGGUGGAGAUCAAUUCUAUCUUUCUGCACCUGAGACAAGUGAUGCGCAUGGGCAAUCUGGCCAAAACUACAUUCUACCGCGUCAACAGCAUGAUAAACCUGGGCACUUAUGUGGUGUUCCGCAUCAACACUUUGGCCUGGAUGACCCGCUGGCUGGUGCUAAACCGUGAACACAUCCCCCUGUUCAGCUACACCAUCGGCAGCGUGGGUCUGGCCAUCAUGACUGUCAUGAACAUUGUGCUUUUUUGCCGCCUUAUGAGAAGUGACUUCAUGAAGUCUAGCCGUGAAAAGGAGGUGAAGAAGGAGAUGUAGGUCAGACUCCUCCCACUCCAGCUUCAACCGAAUCACUGACUUUGGAUUGUCACCUUCUGAUGCUCAUGGCACAUGUGUCAGUCAAGUUAAAUGGUUAGAAAAACAGCCUUUCAUUCAUAUCAUCCGGCUGAUUUCAUUUCUAAAAAAACUUUUUUUCAUUGUUUGCUAAAUCUCUCAUGUAGACCUCAAGCUGUGCAAAGACAUUAUUAUGUUGGCUGUUGUCACAGGUUUACAGAUAUCUGAAACAGAUAUUUACAUUACAUAUAUUUACACUUGAAACUUAACAAUCAAAUUCUCCUCAAAGGACUUGAUUGUAUAGCCCUCAUUUACUCACCCUGAUUCCCCCCCCCCCAAACUUCCAUGGAACAAAAAAUAAGAUAUAAGGCAGAAUGUUAGCCUCAGUCACCAUUCACUUUCAUUGUAUAAAAAAAAUGCAAUAAAAGUGAAUGGUGACUGAGGCAACAUUCUGCGUAACAUCCUUUUUUGUGUGUUUCACAGAAGAGAGAAAGUAAUACGGGUUUGGAACAACAGUGGGAGUAAAUGGCGAAAGACAAUUUGGGUGAACCAUCCAUUCAAAUGCAAAGGAAUUGGAUCUGUUCCUUUUAUUGAAAUAAUAUGCUAAUGAUAAUGCUACCGCACUGAAUUUAUAUAUUAUAUUAUCUACUAAAAAUAAACAAAGAGUUGUCUUAAAUAGGAAUUACUUGUGUGAGUGUAUAUAUAGAUAUAGAUAUAUAUCCAAAGUUGUCUUGCAAAGACCAUAAAAGUUGGUUUAUUUAUUAAAACAAGCAUUAAGCCUAAAUGUGUUGUUCGGCCUUAUUAACGCCUACACCUGCUACCUCAUGAGCUUGUAGCAGUUAGUGUCAUCGUGAGUGCAGAUGUUAAAUUUGCUAGAAUGCCUCAGAGCUGGUUUUAGUCUAAAUGUUUCUAUACUGACUAGGAAGUAAUGCAGUUGAUAUGAAGUGCCCGGUAUUCAGUACCGUAUUUCACAAGGCGGAUCACAGUCGUACCCUGUGGUCAAAAAUAUACUUGGUUAAUGUACUACUAUUCAAAUGGAGGACCUGAAUCUUAAUGCUGGAGCCAUCAACACAGUUAUCUGAAUUAAAAACACUCCUGCUCAUUCUUGUGUUAAUGGAACAGAAUAUCUGCUAGCUUCAGCCCAGCUUGAUAGGCAAAGGACUGUCAUUACAUAAAUCAUGCCUGUUGGUGGCACUACACGCACACACAACGGUGACCUCAUGUUAGCUUAUGCUAAUAUUUAGUGUACAGAGAGGCAACAGCUAAAGCAGCACAUAUAUCGCAUAAAAUGUGUUUUGAUAAAGCUUUGAAUUUUGUAUUUUUUUUUUGUAUUUUGUAUAUUUGUCAUUUAUUUGUACUUAAUCCCAUUGAUGGUUUGAGGUUGAAUGUUUCA